AUGCGGUCCUCGAUAGCAUGUGCUCGCUGCCGGCGAUCCAAGGUCAAAUGCGUCAACAGUGGUGUCGGUACUCCUUGCCGGUCUUGCGAGGCUGGAAACCGGGAGUGCACUUACCCGGUGCCUGUUACCGGUGGUCGCAAGAGGGAGAACAGUCUGACCGGACCUGCUCCCAAGAUUGAUCCCAUGACCGAAGAGAUCCGGAAGUCCCGACAGCAACGUAAAAGUAAUGCCGGCCUACCAGGUCAACCCUUGCCCACCUUCGUCGAACCCUCCAUCUUACCCUCGGAUGCUUUGGACCCCAACGUCUUGACACCUGCUGUCUGGAAGGAACUGUUCGACAUCUUCCAGCUGCACUUCUCCGCCGACCUCCCCUUUAUCCACCCCCCAACAUUCCUCAAACCUCUCCGCCAGGCCAGCUCCCAGGCCCAAGCAUCUCAAUACCGACCCUAUACGAACGUCCCUGCUCCUCCAGUACAACCACCUGCACCUACCGAGUUCUUGUUGGCCUUCUUAGCAUUGACAUCUCGCUUCCACCCCAUACUUGUCGCCCAUCAUUCAUCACGGAACGCCAACCGUCCUAGUGACCCUCUGAUAGCCGCCGAGUUCUAUGCCACGGCAGCCACAGCUCAGCUCAAUGCCGUUACCACCGAUAGACUGGGUCUGCACGACAUUUCCACCAUUCAAGCCAUGCUGAUGCUGGCCUUGCACGAGUGGGGCAUGAACCGAGGCCCUAAAGCUUGGGGUCACUUAGGUAUUGUUAUUCGUUCUGCUCAGGCUAUGGGAUUGCACUACGAAGAGGAACUUGACGAUCAGCCUCUUUCUCGCUCGUUACCAUCUCGGGCUGUCGAGCAGCAAGGCUUUGUUGACUCUGGUAAUGCCUCGCCCGACAGCGCGACUUGCCAGAACGAUGCUUUCGUCAAACAAGAAGUCCGUCGUCGUACUCUAUGGGCUUGUUUCAUUCUUGAUCGUUACUUCAGCAAUGGCAAAUACAGACCUCAGGGUAUCAACGCCAAGGACUUGCGCAUUCAGUUGCCAGCUAGCGAGCAUGCAUUUUUAUUUGGCGAGAAGGUUCGCACUCUGCUUCUGAGCGAGGAUAACACCUCUAGAGCAGAAGUUCAGAGUCAACGUCGCGCUUCCUUAGCCACCGACCCGAUGAACCCCGCUUACAAAAGACCCUCACUUCCAGAUGGUAACAACGGAACCUCCUCUCCUGGAAAUUCCGAAGGCCGUUGGGAGGUUGGUCCUGAUGAGGGUUUGAUCAGUCGAUAUAUCAAAGUCCUGGACAUACACGGUAAAGUCAUGCGCUGGACCUGUGGAGGAGGCAGAAAACGUGAUGCUCUACCACCAUGGAACCCACAAUCCGAGUGGUACGGUCUCAGGAAAACACUCGAAGACUUCAAAGUCGGCCUCCCUAGACACCACUCCUUAACGGCACAAAACACAUCGGCGCACAUCAACCUCCACUCUUCAACUCCCUACGCUCUUGUGCACCUCACUUUCCUCCUCUCUCAACUUCUUCUCACCCGCGAGUUCCUCCCCUUCAUUCCUUUCCGACAUGGCAAGCCAUCAGGUCCCCUCGAUGGCUCACGCUUCGAUACUAUUCCUUCACCACAUGGCUUCUGGGAAGACAGCGCUCGCGAGUGCUUCGCUGCUGCCCGUGACAUCGUUGACUUGAUCGGUUCGUUCCAGGAAUGGGGCGUUGUGGUAGAGACUCCCCUGGUUGGCUUCGCUCUCUACAACGUUGCAUUGCUUGGUGUUUAUGUCAUCAACUUCCCUUGGAUGGACACUCAAGGUUAUCUUCGUCGCACCGCCAAGGAUGACGGUGUUGCUUCAGGUGCAGAUGCUUCUCGUAAAGCUAUUGAGAUGCUCGCCUCGAUGAAGAAUCGCCUAUACAUGGCUAGCGGCUGGUUCCAGACCGUCAAACGCUCACACAAGUACUUCUCACGGUUGAGGAAGACAUGGGUAGAUUCUGCAGCCAGAUUGCCUGGUGUCUUCCAUGAUCAGAGCAUCGCCACUGCUCAGCUACACCCUCCUAAUGCCGAAAGCACAAGAGUCCUCUUAGAGAGAGCACUGAAAGACUCGGACGACUCUGGAGAUUCUGAUAUUGACAUGUCGGAUGCUCUCGCAGAUGGACCGAACGGCGCUCCUGCUCCUCCGAGAUCCGACAUCAGUAGCCCUCGUCUUGGUAAUACACCUCCCAAGCAAUCCUUCUCGACCCCAGCCGAACAAGCACAAGCACAUGCACAGCAAGAAGAACGUUGGAACGCUAUCAACAGUGUUGCAGCAGCUGCUUCUGCCGUGGCUGCUGGUAGGAGUCUGACACAAUCAGCGCCUGGUAAUAAUAGCAACAACCCGCACUUCCGCUUCUACAACGCAUUCCCUCCAGCCUCGGCUUCUUCUACACCAGGCAACUAUCCAGGUCACGGCUUCCGAGCCGCAUAUGCCGACGCAUCACCUCAGUCACAUUCGCAUCCUCAGACACCAGCUUGGACGCCUUCAAAUGGCAACUCAAGAGAACCGCUGCAAGGCAUACAUGCUUUCACUGGUGAGCAACGGCGGGAAAGCGAGGCACUGGCUGGUGCAGCAGUGGCAGCACAUGCCGCACACCAUCGCCGCACCUCCUCGGAUCGCGAGAUCAAGGAUGUCGAAUCAUGGCUCUCUGCAUUGGAAAGAUCUUUUGGCGCUGAUGAUGUUGCUGCUUUCGUCGAUGGUGUUGAGUUUGCAGAAUAUGCCGCUCGUGGCUCACGAGUCUCACGCACGCCUGGUUGGCUUGCAGUCAUCUGGGCUCGAUAG